AUGGAUCAAGCAGACAUACCCUCGUUGCUCUCGAGGCUCAACAGUGAUGAAGAUGCUACGCGCAAGAUGGCUGUCUUCAAGCUACAAUCGUCUAUUAAUGAUCCUUCAUUCGCAGAUGUGUUUAUUUCCUCGGGAGGCCUCAGUAUCCUACGUCAAUUGAUCAUGACAACCAAUGCAAAUACCCUCGCAUACUCCUUACAGAGUCUAAGUCGUUUACUGGAAGUCGAUAUGGGUUGGGAAAUAUUUGAGUCACAAGGUGCAGGAGAAUUGGUCGAACGCGUGGUCGAAUUAAUCGUUACACAUCCACUGGUCAAUAUUCUACGAGGAGCUAUGUCGAUAUUGGUCGCUAUUGUGAGCCAUCCACAAUCUUCAGGAGGACGUAUAAAAAUACCAGGCGCAUUUGGAUUUCGAGCCUUGAAACCUGCCGUUGCGGUUUAUCCUCAAUUCUUCGAAAUGGUCGUCUCACAACUCAAUUCGGCGGAUCAUUUACUAUGUGCGAAUGCGCUGAUGCUUUUGAAUGCAUUAAUGCGGGAUGCGAUCACAAAUGACAAUGGACAGGGAAAGGAUAAUGUUAGCAAAAGUAGUGGGACUGGGGAGGAGUGGCCGAAAUUCAUCAAACGAUUACAAGAUUUAGGGGUUAUUAAAUCUGCAUAUACUUUGAUGCAAAGCUCGGCAUUGCAAGACUUGUCGCAUGCGCUGUUGGAAUUUCAAAGUUUAACCAAGGUUUUAUUAGGAAAAUGGAGGGAGGUGAAGGUGGAUUUGGAAAGACCAGAACAUCGACGAGCUUUGAAGGGAAUACAUCUGGCCAGUGCUCCUGAGAAGAAAGAUGGUACGAAUGGAACUGUAGCAAAAGGAGAGGUAUCAGAAAAUGGAGAAAAGAAAGGAAGUCGGAAACAUAAUCCUGAAAAAUGGAGGAGAUUAGGCUUCGAGACCGAAAGUCCCGCUUGGGAGUUUGAAUCAACCGGAUUUCUUGGUAUGAUGGAUUUGACGGAUUAUGUUAGGAAGAAUGAAGACGCGUUUCAAAAGCUUCUACUGGAGCAAUCUUCCAAGCCUCUACGCGAAAGGUGCCCCAUUGCAAGAGCUAGUCUAAUGGUUACAUCUAUUCUGUAUGAUCAUUUCGAUGUUGACAAAUCAGAUGCGGAAGAUGCAAAAACUUAUCUGGUGUUGGAUGGUGUUAAGAAUUAUGACAAGAUAUUCCGGCCUUUAUUACUGCAAUGGUCGAGACUACACUCAUCGAGUUUGCAAGCUUUCUUUAGGUUAUGGAAAGCCACAGGAGCCGAGCAAGAUGAUUUCAUAAAAGUUGCUGAACUCGUACGAAUAUUGGUUGAGCAAGUGGUUGGGCAAGCUUCGAGGACAAAAGAUGUUCUAGAGGUAGAGGAAGAAUUAGCGGAAUUCGAAUAUUCAAAACUACGAAAUCUACAGAUGGAGUUAUUGGAAUUGACGUUUGAAGAUGAAUGGGGUCAACAUUUACACCAAGUGAGAGAUGAACUCAAACAUGAAGCUCUUUUAUUUGUCAAGGAACAGAGAAUACGAUGUUUACUUCAAGGGGCAUGGUUUCCAAGAAUAAUCCAACCAAAAAUCGUCAGCGAAGAAGGAUCAACCUCUACAAAAAGUUUAGGAAGAAGAAUACCAACUACAAGUUGGCGCUUCGUCAAACUUUCGCAUAACCGUCGUUUUCUACACUAUUUUGAUUUCGAUCACCAGAUGAGCAAAGAACCGACACUCGAUCAAUUACUUGAAAAAAUCGAUUUAAGCACGAUUAGUUCAGUGGUUUCCAAUGUUUCCGCUUCUCAUGAUGAUGGCUCGAGUAUCUCCAGUUCAUCAACCCUCAAAGAUACCAAUCCAUCAUCUAAACCAAAUACCACGACCAAAAUCACAAUUAAUAGUUACGUUGGCGGCGAAAAUAAACCACAACCAGAUGGUACUGAUCCAGCCGAGAAAGCUAUCCUUACUUUAAUGCCUCCUACACAUAGUCUUGCAUCUGAAUGGUUGGAUGGAUUACUCAUGUUGUUGAAUCAAGCGCCCAUCACGUCGGAAACUAAUAAACUCGUAGGACUGGUUAGUGAAUAUGGAUUGAAGAUUCGUUUGUUGAAUGUUAGGUUGGAUGAUGCUAAUGGGUAUGGAGGACCGCAGCCGGGAGCGGGUAAGGUACCUAGUAGAGAUGGUUUGGAUGAGGAUUAUUAUUAUGAAGUGUGA